CUUGUUACUCAAUUAAUUCAUGUAUUCUUAUGCGUGAGGUUCUCGGGAGGGCAUUUUUGUUUCGUUUGUGUUUAGGGUCCGUACAGGACGCCACCGCGUAAAGCUCAGGUGCAAAUCCGUCUUUGAGCAGUUUAACAAACAGUCGAUAGUCCUAGUUAGUUCUCAGUCAGUGCAAAGCGAAAUGUACGACCAGCAGGAAGACGAACGCGGUUAUCUGGUGUACGUGAACCGUUACAAUGGCACUUCGCAACCGGACAAUCCAAACUUGACCUACGUGGUGAGCAAGAUCAAUGAGAAAUUCUGUGCCUCCAAGUACAGCACCUAUCGGUGCGCUUGCAAGCUGUUUGCUCUCCAGAAAGCACUUCACACCAACUGCAUUCCAUUUCAAACGGUCUGCACGAUCCUUGAUCGCCACGGCCUGAACCAGAUCGACAGUGCCCCCUCGGUAAAACCCACUCAGUUGACUGCGGUUCUGCACGAUGUCUACUUCGCCGCCGAACAGCUCGGUUACUUUAGCGAACUUCCUCAACCGGCGACGGACCGUGAAACGUUGAUCGCAACUUUGGCAGGUCUCUUCUGGGCCGUCUACGAUCCGAAACGGUGCAACCCGAUCUCGGUGCUGGAACUGAAGCAAACAUUUCUGCUGCUGUGUGACACGCCAAAUUUCGAACAGGUUAUCUGGGAGCAUUUUCAACUUACGAGUGAUCACAACAUGUGCGUUUCACGACAUCGUCUCGACGCGAUGCUAAUGAAUCUAGCGAAGCUGCUUGCAUUUCUGGGUGAACCGGAUCAUCUGAAGCCAAGUUUGGUGCAAGAGAUUGUGGGCGAAUGUUUCGCACACUACCCUGGAUUGGUUGGGCUUACUGAAUAUCAGUUUUCGUGCCUUUGGAAACUUUCGUCGAAGUUUUCCUAUUAUUCCAACGUUUUAGCGCUAUCGAAGCGCUUGCGAGAAUCCGAAUUCGUAAUUCACAAUGUUCAGUGCACGGGUUGUCGCGCAACGAUACAAGGAUUGCGCUUUAAGUGCCAGAGAUGCAGAAAUCUGUCGCUUUGCAUCGACUGCUUUAGCCAAGCGUACGCCACGAAAAGCCAUAACGUGGGCCAUAAGAUGUACGAAAUCAGCACCAACGGAAUUUCAAGCAGCAAAAUUUCGACAGUACUUGUGAAGAUCUGCAACCUUUUCAACCAAUGUUCUACGGAACCCCAGGCUCAUCCACAGCAACCUUCCACUUUCGAUAAUAUGGAAGCUAAACUGAUCGACACCAAUGCCGUCGAGUUGCAGGACAUUGAACCCUCCCCGCCAGCAGCUAGCAGUACUCUGCGAGGAACUUUGUCGCGUACCCUCAAUUCUACAAGCUCGGCUUCUUUGCGUAAAACCGGUGGCAGCAAGAACAUGAGCGUAUUCAGCAGCAUCGAUUGCCAACUUUUCACCAGCACUCAAAGUAAUGGCCUGGCGGAAAAAAUGUCUACUAUUAUUGAAAUUCUCGAAGAAGACAGCGAGAAAUAUCGCCUUAAAUUGGCUAAUCUGAAAGCUAGCAAUUCCGACAGUAAAGAACUUUUGGAAUAUUUUGAUUACCACGGAAAGUUGAUUGCAGAACAAUUGAAAGCAUUAAGAGAAGUUUGCACUAAAAUAGGACGAGGUUUCCCACAAAGCUGCAGCACUCCCUAUCGCUCUACUAGCAAAAGCGGUAAUAACCGAACGUCUCUAAGCACGGGAGGACCACUGAAUAAAUCCAUUAAUGGAGCAGAACUGAACAAAUCGUACGUCAAUGAGCAUCUGCAGGAAGAUUUGUCCGUUCGAGACGUUAGUUCCUGGUUUCAUUUGAAUCGUCCUUCCGAUACGAUCCUCGAACAGAUGACGGACAGUAGGCGGAUAAAUCGCAGCGGAAGUAACCCCGCUGAUGAACUUAGUCGAUGCAUUGACAAUCUUAAAAUUGAUACUCAAAUGGCCAACUUUAAAGACUUGCUGCUUAAAGUACGCGAAAUUGUGGACGACUCGUACAGCGACAAUACGGAACUGGCCCGUACUACCCAGCAGCUAGAGAAAGCACUGGAUCGUAUUAUCGAGGAAGAAGAACGUAAACGUACUGAAGGCAUUUAGCCUUCAUCGCAAUUCAUCGGAAUCAGGUUUCUUCCAACUCUAUUUUUGCGUAUAAAGCAUAUUUUAAAGAUUUUACAAACAUAGACAUAUAAGAUUUUUUUGAAAUAAACACCGUAAUCUGUACUUACAA